AUGGCUUUACCUUUUCUGCCCGGCAACUCCAGAAACACUCGUCUGGGGAAGGAGAGAUUCCACAAAUCCCAGCAUUUCGACUACACCAACGGCUUCCCGAUGCUGGUGGGAUCGGAGAAGCCGGGUAUCGGAGGAGAGCGUCUGGUUGGACAGGAGAUGAAACCACAGUGUUCUGUCGGCGGCAGUGAGAUGCCCGCAUGGCUGGCGUUUGACAAGCAGGCGCUCUGUUUUGAGGCCUACUUCCAGGAGGCCGUGCAGGAGGUGCAAGAGGGCAGGAACCGCAUCAGGAAGUGUAAGAUCUACUUCUACCUGGAGGACGACACCAUCCAGGUGGUGGAACCCGAGUACAAGAACAGCGGAAUCCCACAAGGAACGCUGAUCUGCCGCCAGCGCAUCCCCCUGCCGCCCCCCAACCAGGAGCGCUUCUACAACAUCUUCCACUUCAACAUCAACCACCAGGUGGUGCUGUUCUCCCGCACAUUCACCGUGACCAACUGUGACACCUUCACCAGGGACUUCCUGAGGAGGCAGGGGGUGCUCCUGAAUGCCCCUGCCGAGGCCCCCGCAGACCCCUACUGCAGCUUACGGCAGCAGCUGGAGGACAGUAUGAAGCCUCUGCGGCCGUACGAGAGACACGACACUCUGAGACAGUUCCUGGACCACGACGGGAAAGUCCUGCGCUUCUACUGCCUGUGGGACGACACGGAGAGCGCGUUCGGCGAGCGGCGGGAGCUGGUGCUGCACUACUUCCUGUCUGACGACACCAUCGAGAUCCUGGAGGUCGUCCCGCCCAACUCCGGGAGAGACGCCCCGCCCAGGUUCCUGCAGCGCAGCAGGCUGCCCAAGAAAGCUCCGGUCCAGAUGAAGCAGCCCGGAGAGGUCACGGCUCGCACUGUGCUCAACGUUCUGUCCUCCGAGAACCAGGGGAGCCACUACAUCCUGGACAACCUCAAGACCGGAGCGCUGCAGGACGACUUCUACCAGGACUGUGAUCUGACCGUGGGCGGGGAGCUGAACGUCUGGGGACGUAGGGUGAUCCUCACCGACUGCGACGACUUCACCAAACACUACUACCGCUCCAAAUACGGCAUCGAGGACUUCACCCCGGUGCAGUACAAAGCCCCCCCGGCCCCGAAGCCCCCGAGGCCGGUGCCCCCCUACAACGGCUUCGGCUCGGAGGAGGACUCGCUCAGCUCCUGCAGGGGUUUGCUGCCCAAGCCGCCGCGGAAAGAUUUCCACAAAUUCAUGGAGAAUGACCGGGUGCUGAACUUCCUCGCAAAGAUGGCGACGACCGACCCCGUCGACCAGGAGCGGCUGUUCCACGUCUCCUACCACCUCUGUGACGACACCAUCAGCGUGUUUGAACGGCCACAGAAGAACUCAGGUGUGAUCGGUGGUAAGUUCCUGCUGCGCUGCCGUGUUAAGAAACCGGGCCAGGAUCUGUUCAAGAGCGAGUUGUCGGAGUACUUCACAGCUCCGGAUCUGUACGUCGGAGCCACCCUCUGCCUCGGCGGCAGGAGCUUCCGGAUCCUGGAGGCUGAUGAAUUCACCCUGAACUACAUGCAGCAGCGCGCUGACGAGUUUCCCAAAGCCAACGUUGGCAACAUCCUGAGCAAACUGCGAUCUGUUCCGGAGGAAAAACAGGCUGAGAUGAGGAAGUAUCUGGCUCUGAGCGACCCGAACAACACCGGCUCCAUCGCCUACGAGUCCUUCAGUACAGAGCCCCGACUGAGACCGAGCCUGCUGACGGGUCUGGACUGCGGCCUGUCCGAGCACGAGGUGCUGGUGCUGGGCCGAGGCUUCUGGGAGCGUCCGCAGCCCGAGCCGGACCUGGGCCUGAUGCUGGCCGUGGCCCAAGACCUCCUCCGGAAGAACCACUUCGAGCAGUUCCCCCACCUGGUCCGGGAGUUCACACACCAAGACCCAGAGAAGUUUGCAGACGGAGAUGAGAUCGACUACCACGCCUUCGUGGCUGGGAUUAACUGGACAGAGCAUCCUGCUCCCCCCGUUUGGCCGGAAGACGUCCUGAAGUUUGAUGUCGACCGAAGGCCUGACGCCGACGGAGCUGCCGUGAAGAAGGUCAACUACUCCGCCCUCCUGCACGACGUGUUCGGCUUCCUGUCCGACAGCGGCGAGCCGCCAGCCGCCGCCACGUCCACGUAG